UAUGUCUUUAGUACAGGCAGAGAAGGGAGAGACGGAAUAUUAGUAUUCAGAGCACAGGGAGGAAAAGAAGGAGAGGCAGAAAGCGAGCAAACGAGGGAGAGUGAGAGGGAGGGGACAGGAGGAAAAAAAAAAACACAAGGAGGGGAUGGAAAUAUAAGAGAAGAACAGGGGAAACCGAGAGGUAAAAGAGGGGAGGGGAGACAGGGAUCAUAUUGUUGGUUUCUCCCUCUCAGUCUGCCUUCACCGGUUCCUGCUCGGACAGAUGGGUAGAUGUGGAGCAGAGAGGUGCGGAAUACCCCUUUACCAGCGUCGCAUCUGAAGUGAAAACAGCGGAGGAGAGAGAGGGGAGGAAGAGCAGGAGCCCAGCGGUUCCUGCGACGCAGAAAGGUGCUCUUGUCAGCCUCCUGUCCGUGUAGAUUGGUGGAAAGGACCAACUUCACCGAUGCAUGCCAACAGGUCCUGCUGGAGCUAAAAACGUCAGCUCUGUUCACACCUUACAGCGGAGAACCAGGGUUAUGCAUUCACACCAGAGAUAAGUCUGUGUUCCUCCAUCGAAUCUGUUCACCGAGAAGCUUUUAGGCAUAGAGUGUCUUCUACCCGCCUCUGAAAUUCACCAUGACCGACAUCAACAUCAAGAGUCGAGUCCAGAAAAGGGGCAUCUCAGCCUGGUCUCUGUGACCUGCUUGGUCCGACCUGUCCUUCCUGCAUCACCUCCCCCAGCUUACACUUUUGUAAAAAGGUGGACGGGUCAGCACCGUACUUCUGCAGGGGGCCGUCCGACAGGUGAGGGCGCCGAGGGCUGGGCUGCCAUCGGCUGACUGCUGCGGUGGGAGUGCGAUGCGGAUUGGAGCAUGUCGGGGGACUGGGAUGAAGACAUGUGUAAGAAGGCGCUGAUGCUGGUGGAGGAGCUGUGCUUCAACUCCCAGUGGGGUUUCAGCCAGAAUGAACAGUGCCAGGAGUUCAGCCACAUUUGGAGGGGCGGCAACAGACUGCCGGACUCAGAAAUCUCUGUCAGCCUGCUGUCGGUCAUCGUGACAUUCUGCGGCUUCGUCCUCCUGUCUGUCUCGUUGUUCGUCUCCUGGAAGCUCUGCUGGCUGCCAUGGCGGGACAAGGAGGGCGGGGGAUUGAGUCUAACCUCAGGGCUGCUGCCCGGAACCGCAGGGCUCGGAGGGGCAACAGGGCCGAACCUUUUACCCCCUCUGCUUCAGAGGAAAGAGGGCCAGUCCUCGUCCUCGCUCUACCCCUCACUGGGGCAGCAGGGACACCCCCACUUCUCUGACAUGGUGGGGCUGGAGAGGGGGGAAGGCGGAGGGGUGGUUGGGGGGCCACAUGAGACCCAGGAACACUCAUACCUGGAUAUGGACUCCUACCCCAAUAAUGCUGGAACAUUGAAGCUGAGUCAGACGUCACCAGAUGUCCCCAACUCAGAGGGUGGAGCCCAUCCCAAUAAAGAGCUGCCCAACGCCCAUUCCCAUCAGCAGGUCACCCCACGACCCAAGCCCAUGACUCACCAGCUCUCCAGCCCUGAUUUCCACGGUGAGGAGAAGGAGCAGGUCACCUGCAUCGGGCAGAUCAAGCCAGAGCUCUACAGACCCAAAGGCGAUCAGGGUGAAGGCAAACAGGGCGACACCUGUGGCAGGAUCUGCUUCUUGCUGCGCUACGCCUUCAAUACGGAGCAGUUGGUGGUUAAGAUACUGAAAGCUCUGGACCUGCCAGCAAAGGACGCCAACGGCUUCUCCGACCCAUACGUGAAGAUUUACCUACUGCCAGACAGAAAGAAGAAAUUCCAGACAAAGGUCCACAGAAAGACCUUAAACCCAGUGUUCAACGAGACGUUCCAGUUCGGCGUGCCGCUGAACGAGCUACAUUCCAGGAAGCUGCAUUUCUCAGUGUACGACUUCGACCGCUUCUCCAGACACGACCUAAUAGGUCAGGUGGUGGUGGACAACCUGCUGGACUUCAGUGAGGGCAGCGGGGACAAACCCAUCUGGAGGGACAUCGUGGAGGGCACUGCAGAGAAGGCUGAUCUCGGGGAGCUUAAUUUCUCGCUGUGCUACCUGCCCACCGCAGGCAGACUCACCGCUACAAUCAUCAAGGCCACCAACCUCAAAGCCAUGGACCUGACGGGUUUCUCAGACCCGUACGUGAAGGCCUCUCUGAUAAGCGACGGCCGGCGGCUAAAAAAGAGGAAGACCUCCAUUAAGAAGAACACGCUGAACCCCACGUACAACGAGGCUCUGGUGUUUGACAUUCCCAAUGAAAACAUAGAGAGCGUUUCCAUCAUCAUCGCUGUGAUGGAUUAUGAUUGCAUCGGUCAUAACGAGGUUAUAGGCAUGUGUCGAGUGGGAAGCGACGCUGACGGUCCCGGGAGGGAACACUGGACAGCCAUGCUGGCAAAUCCACGGAAACCAAUAGAGCACUGGCAUCAGCUCGUUGAGGAAAAAGCGAUUGGUACUUUUGUAUCAAAGAGUGCCACAACACCCUCCCCUAAGCCGCAUAUUGUGGUGGACAGCCCCCACUCUGAUUAACACGGUCAUUAUCAUCUCUACAGCUCCAGAUUUUCCAUUUUUUUCCCUCUCCUCUCAUCUGUGAAUAAUUCUCUCCAUCAAAGACAAGAGAGACGCAGAGACGCUGCCAGUGUCCGACUGCUAGUGCCGUUCUGCUCCUGCUAAUGAAUCCUCCAACCUCUGUGCUGUAUUUGCUGAGCUAAAGGAGAGAAGGGGGGGUCCUCCAUCACGAGCUGCAGUGUGAACAUCGGACUCAAACCCUAAACACGUGCGGACAAAGACGACAUGCCCAGAACUGAUGUCAGGUGUAAAUUUGGGAUUUCCGCACACUUCCUUCUCUCCCUCUCUCUUACUCACACACACAUGCAAACACACACACAUGAAUACACAGAGUUUGUAGUAUGUGUGUAGUUCGUGUGCUCUUCAGAUAUGUGUAGUAGUUCACUCUAGAGCGUUUCUCUCUUGAAAACAAGAAAAAAAAAAAAGAAAGCCAUCUUAGAGUGGUCAUUUCAACCAGGACCAAAGCUUUGUGCACUUGUACAGACUAACAAGAGAAAAAUCUGUGUCAAAGAGUUCUAUGCUGUACCGGAUAGGAAAAUAUAUAAAUACAUAUAAAUAUAUCUUGCGUAGUUCUCAAUGGGACAAAACCAUCCAGGCCCGUUUGGAUGCCCCCGCCCAGAGGGAAGAAGUUGCAGCAUCCGUCGGGUUAUUAUUGAUGUCAGAGGAGGGAUAAAUGAGGACAGACUCAUUGGUCUUGGCACGUUACGCAACCUGAAAUGUGUCCCUCUUCGUCAUGCUCUUCAUCUCAGUCCUAAUUGGACUCAUUAGGGGUUUUUUUUCUUGUUUUUUUUGUUUGUUUUGUUUUUCAAAGAUCAUCUUUUGCUAUCAGUUCUGUGAUAGAGAACGCAAACAUCCGUCAGGAGGGAAGAUUGUUCACGUUUUUACAGUCCUAUCGACGACCAGCUUCAGAGAGACAGACUAUAUGAUCACCAUACUUUUUACAGGUUUACAGGAUCCUGCAUUUGGAUUGGACUUUUUGGAGCGCGCUCUCUGGACGAUGUAUCACCACUCAGUUAUUUUUCUAUCAUUCCAGGACUUAAUCUUUUGCUUUCUCAGUUGAGAGAAGAAAAAAAAAGAAGAAAAAGAACAGAAAAAGUCUUUGACACACGUCAGAG